AUGCCUCUAACAAAUUUGCAGGAAAUUGUGGACCGAGUUCUGUUCUUCAAUGGGAUGGUGCCCAUGCAUGUAGCUUCCCAAGACGACAUCAUUUCCACCGUCUGCAAGAAAACUAGAAACCCAUCUUUUUGCUUUAACGUGUUGAAUUCUUCCUUGGAGUCCAAUGCCGCCGAUCCCAAGCUUAAGGAGCGCUAUGCCACCUGUGCUAAACACUACAACAAUGUCGUCGACGACAUCGUGGAUGGGAAGAACUACUUGGGGAAAGGUGACUAUAAUGGCGUCAACACUAUGGCGUCUAUAGCCAUGACGGAGGCCAGAGACUGUCUGGACAGCUUCAUGCAGCCGCCGAAGGACUCAUCGGCACUGUCUGGCAACGGGAAGGUUGUGGAAGAUAUUUGUAAUAUCAUCUUGGUUAUAGCCAAUCUUCUUCUUGGACGUGCCUAA